AAUCCAUUCCAUCAGUUACUGCUCUCUUGUCAUGUACCGUCUGAUCCCUACUGAGGAAGACACUCGCGAUGAGGAUCGCACCGUCAGUGGCUCUCUUCGAGACCAAGGUGGAUUCGAAGAGGACCGCUCAUCCACAACAAAAAAGGGACCAAUGCAAUCCAUCAAAAAUAAAUUCAGGGCGCUCAUGAGCCCCAAGUCAGGCACAGCAGCAGGUAACACAGGCACCCCUGCUGCUGGGUUCACAUUACCCAAGCAAAAGAACAAAUACCUUAUUGAUGCUAUCUUUGUGAAACGGCUCUGGAGGUUCUUCCGACUUUUAUUUGCUCGACGCUCCCAGGUUCUCUGGCUAUAUAUCAUUAUGACAGUCUUCUGCUGCAUCAACGAGAGCGUUGUCUAUUAUGUUGGAACUAUUCCUUCGAGAUACUAUAAAGUAUUGGGUGACAAGGACCCGUCUGCAUUCUGGUGGCUCCUGGUCACAUCAACAUUGGCCGUUUUCCUCGCUGCAUUUGGCAAGAGCGUCAUCUUCCUUCUUGGUAGCCUUUUGUCUUUAGAAAGCCGUAGGACGUUAACAUUGUAUUUCCAUAAGAUCUAUAUUCGACCAAAGCUCUUUUAUAGGAUCUUGUACAUGCAUGAGGAGGAAGUAGAUAAUCCAGAUCAGAGAAUAACGCAAGACAUUGACAAGAUGUCAGAGUCUAUGCGGAAGAUGGUUGAGGACUUGAUAAUUAUUCCCUUGCUCAUUGUUUUUUACACAUAUCAAUGCUGGAUGAUGACUGGAUGGAUUGGACCGGUGUGUAUUUAUGGAUUCUUUUUGUUGAGUACUAUUAUCAGUCGAUUAUUGAUCAAUCCCAUUGUGGACGCAGUCUUUUACAAGGAAUCUGCAGAAGGUUAUUUCAGAUAUUUACACAUGCGUUUCAGACAGUAUGCUGAAUCGAUCACCUUCAGUCGGGGCGAAGGAGAGGCAAAGGAUAGUGCAGACGAGCUGCUGGAAGUAUUGCUCAAAACCCAACUAGACGUAGUUUACAAGGAGGUACCAUUGAAAUUCUUUUCCUUUGUGGUGGGGGGUUACGAUAAAGUUUUACAGCAGGGUGUAUCCUAUUUUGGGUCGAUCCUAAGUUAUGUGAUUAUCGCUAUUCCUAUUUUCUGGGGCGUCUACGAUGAUUUACCUCCUUCCGAUAUAUCGGCUGUCAUCAGCAAGACAUCAUUUGUGUCCAUGUAUCUUACGUUCCAAUUCUCCAAAGUCAUUCAGUGUAGUACAGAUUUUUCUGAUCUUGCAGGAUAUACUUCUCGAUUGGGUCAACUCAUGGAAGCAUUAGAUGGUUUGAAUAUGGAACUGGAGAACAUUGCGAUUGACUUUCCGCAUGAAGAAGUCAUGUCCCACGAUACAUCGAUCCGAUUCGAAAAUGUUUCUUUCAACACACCUUCUGGUGAUCUUAUCAUCUCAAACUUUACGUUCCGAUUUGAAAUCGGGCUUAAUACCAUGAUUGUGGGCCCUAACGGUGUUGGCAAAACAUCAUUAUUGCGCGCUAUGGGUGGGCUGUGGCCAGUUUCUAAAGGACAAAUUAUACUUCCACACAAGUAUCGAAGAAAUGUUAUCUUCCUUCCACAGACCCCUUACUUGACAUAUGGGACGCUACGUGAGCAGCUUGUGUAUCCACACAAGGAGACUGCAUCGACUGUAUCGGAUGCAGACAUUAUGAGGGUUUUGAAGAUUGCACGGCUGGAUCAUAUUGUAGACGUCAUUGAUGACUUUGAUACACCGUAUUCAAUGGACUGGAGCAAGAUGCUUUCACCUGGCGAACAACAAAAGCUGGCUUUUGCACGUCUCUUUUAUGCGCGACCCAGUUUUGCGAUCUUGGAUGAAGCUACGAGUUCGAUGGAUAGUGAUUCUGAGAAGGAGAUGUUCAGGCAAUGCCGGUUACUUAAUAUUACCUGUGUUACAGUUUGCCAUCGUGAGAGUCUGGAACGAUACCAUCAACAAAAAAUUAUUCUGGAAGGAAGAGGAGGAGCCUGGUCAUUCGCCCAGAUCCAAGAGCAGGAAGACGAGGAUAAUGAAGAGAAUAAUAAUAAUCAUUUUGAUAAUAAUUCGAUCCAUAGUCAAUUGUCAGGACCGGGUAUAAACCUGAUGCAACCUGGAGAAGGCGGAGUUUGAUUGAAG